AUGUAUGAGUCUGUACAAUGUCCAUCGCUGUCGGCUCCGUCUAACGGAGCGGUGUCUUCCACUGGACCGAACUUUUACCAGGACCAGGUCACCUUCAGCUGUGAUCCGGGCUACGGACUGGACGGCACCGGUAGAUUGACUUGUCAAGCUGACGGAAUGUGGAGCAACCCUGCUCCAACUUGUAGACUUGGACAAUGUCCGAGUCUGGCGGCCCCUGCGAAUGGACAACGGGAUAAUGUCGGAGUGAACUCCUUCCAAACCACCGUCACCUUCACCUGUAACUCAGGCUACCAACUGGUCGGCGCCUCCAGUGCAACGUGCCAGGCUGAUCUAACAUGGAGUGAUAACGUUCCAACAUGUCAACCUGUAACGUGCUCGGCUCGGACGGCCCCAACGAACGGAGCAGUGAAUACAACCGGUUCUGCAUCGUACCAAGACGACGUCCAGUUUACUUGCGACCAGGGCUACCAGCUAAACGGUGACUCUAGUGCUACCUGCCAAGCUGACGGAACAUGGAAUGCAUCUGUUCCGACAUGCACAGUUGUACAAUGUCCGGCAUUGACUCCUCCAACAAACGGAGCGCUAACUCCUACGGGGACUACCUCCUACAACACCGUGGUCAUGUUUAGCUGUAACACUGGAUACAUACGGACAGGCGCUGAAACCACGAGGUGCCAAGAUGACGGAAUAUGGAGUAACGCUGUUCCAACAUGCACACCCGUUCAGUGUCCACCAUUGACAGCCCCUGUAAAUGGCGCAUUGAGUCAGACUGGAGCAACCUCAUACUGGGACGUGGUGCGGUUCCUCUGCAACACAGGUUACGAAUCAGACGGUGCGACUAGUGCUACUUGCCUGGCUGACCAAACAUGGAGUGCAACUACUCCGACUUGCAGAGUUGUGCAGUGCCCGGUAUUGUCAGACCCAGCGAACGGAGCUGUGAGUCCUGCCGGAGCGAACUCCUACAACAAUGUGGUCAAAUUCAACUGUGACACCGGAUACCGACUGAGCGGAGUCUCCACUCUGACGUGUCGAGCCGACGGAUCAUGGAAUAAUGCGAUUCCAACAUGUAUAGUUGUAACAUGCCCGACGUUGACGACCCCAACUAACGGAGCGCUGAAUCCGACCGGAGCGAACUCCUACCCUGUCGUGGUGACGGUCACCUGUAACACUGGAUACCAGCGAAACGGAGCCUCAAGCGUGACGUGCCAAGCUGAUGGAGCAUGGAGUGCUACAGUUGCGACAUGCACACCUGUCCAAUGUCCGGCAUUGAUGGCUCCAACGAACGGAGCAGUGGAUCCACCCGGCCGCACUUCAUAUCGGGACAUAGUGGGGUUUACUUGUAACACGGGCUACCAGCUGAACGGGGCCUCCAGUACUACCUGCCAAUCUGACCAAACCUGGAGUGCAUCUGUUCCGACAUGUACAGUCGUGCAGUGUCCGUUGUUAUCGGCCCCAGUGAACGGAGCGCUUACUCCUGCCGGGUUGACAUCGUACCAAGACCGGGUGACGUUCAGCUGCAUCCCGGGAUACGUACUGAGCGCCGCCGCCGUUGUGACGUGCCAAGCUAACGGGGCAUGGAGCCACGUCCCAACAUGUAGCCCCGUACAAUGUCCGAUACUAAGCGCUCCAGAUAAAGGAUUUCUAAGUACCGGAGCGACCUCCUAUCAGACUGUUGUUACGUUCACCUGUAACCUGGGUUACGAAAGGGUCGGCGCCGCCAGUGCUACCUGUCAGUCCGACCGUACCUGGAGUGAUCCCGUUGCUCCAUGCAUACCUGUACGGUGUCCGCAACUGACAAGUCUGGCAAAUGGGGUGAUCAAUCCUCCCAACCGCAAUACGUAUCAGGACGUGGUGACGUUUACUUGUAACCAGGGUUUCGAGCUGAACGGAGAAAACGCUGCCACUUGUAGAGCUGACCGUACAUGGAGCGAGGCUAUCCCAAGUUGUACAGAUAUCAAUGAGUGUGCACGGAAUAGGUGUCAUAGUCUGGCUACAUGCACAAACACUAUCGGCUCGUUCCAGUGUACCUGUUUCAGUGGAUAUGCUGGAGAUGGAUUCACCUGCGCAGAUAUCAACGAGUGUGCUUCCGUACCAGGGCCAUGCCACCAGUUUGCUGUAUGCACCAACCUACCAGGGUCAUAUACGUGUAACUGCACGGAGGGCUACAUCGGAAAUGGAUUCACUUGUACAGCACUUCCAUGCGAUCGCCUGGACCUGCAAGGCUGGGACAUCGUCUUCCUCCUGGACAGCGCUGAUCUGGGCAACGAAAGGCAGACAUUCGAGGAGGUCAAGAGCUUCACCAGACAGACCAUCGACGAGCUGAUAGACAGCGUCGGUGUCACCCACAUAGGGUUGGUGCAGUACGAUGACACCCAGAACACGACUUUUAAUCUGAACCAGCACAAAACCAAGGCUGCUAUCCUCAAUGCUGUGGACAACAUCGAAUAUCUCGGUGGAGGCACCUACACGGGAAGAGCAAUCCACUAUGCACGACAGAUCUCCUUUUCAACUGAUAUUGAUAAUGGAAACCGUGAAAACCGUCCCGAUGCGAUGAUAGUCGUCACAGAUGGCGUGUCCAUUGACCCCAUCACUUACGCCUCCACUGCUUCCAGACACCAGGGCAUAACGGUAUUUGCCGUCGGCAUAGGAGAUAGAAUAGACAGGGCCACGCUGCAGCAAAUAGCCGAAAAUGACGGAAAGGUUUUCCAAGUUACGGAUCAAGCGUCUCGCACCCGGGCUAUCAGAUCGUUGAAGGGAUGGUUUUGCAGAGGUGUUUACUGUGGAGAACCACGUGCACCAGCAUCUGGUACCUGGCAAGGCACGUUAUACGAGGGUGGAAGCGUGGAUUACAGCUGUUCUGACGGUCACACACUGGUCGGUACCACCUCCAUCACAUGCCAGAGAACCGGCACGACCGGAACCUGGAGCAGACAGCUGCAAUGUCCGGCAUUGUCCAACCCAAUCAACGGCGCACUGAGUCCAACCGGUGUAGCCACCAACCAGACGGUGGUCACCUUCUCCUGUAACACGGGAUACGUUCUGAUCGGCGCUGCUACCACGACGUGCCAAGCUGACGAGAGAUGGAGCAACCCUGUUCCAACAUGCACACCCAGAGAGUGUCCGCCAUUGACGGCCCCAGCUAACGGAAUGCGGACACCCACAACCAGAUCGAACUUCUACACGAACACGAUCACGUUCACCUGUAACUCAGGAUACGUACUGAGCGGAGUCUCCCCUUUGACCUGCCGAGCUGACGGAACAUGGAGCAACACUAUCCCAACAUGCGGACGAAGACAAUGCCCCGUGUUGACGGCCACCGCUAACGGAGUGCGGACACCCGCUACCGGAUCGAACUUCUACACGGACAUGAUCACGUUCACGUGUGACACCGGAUACCAACUGAACGGAGUCUCUACUUUGACAUGUCAAGCUGACGGAACAUGGAGUGGUAAUGUCCCAAUAUGCACAAGUUCUGGUACAGGUUCAGGCAUACAAUGCCAGGCGUUGACGGCCCCAACUAACGGAGCGCUGAAUCCAUCUGCCGGACCGUACGUCUCCCAGCAGGAGGUCACGUUCACCUGUAACACGGGAUACCAACUCAGUGGCAGUUCUACCAGUAGGUGCCGAGCUGACGGAACAUGGAGUAGUGCUGUCCCAACAUGCACACGUAAGUUUUCUGAAAGUCUCAUACCACCAUUAGACCGUACUAGUGGUGCGUACCUAAACUCAUAUUCAGGUUCAGGUCCGGAAUCAGGUCCAGCAGUUCAGGUUCAGGUCCGGACUUUAAGUGACGUGCCAAGCUGACGGAACAUGGAGCAACACUGUCCCAACAUGCGCACGUAAGAAGUGUUUGGCAGAUAUACAAGUACUGAAUUUCUAAAUGUUAAUGUUAGACUUGUUGAACUGUUACGUUUUGGCAUUGAAUCAUAUUGUUUAUUGUUUAAAUGUAGUAUUGAUAAAUAAUAGUAUUACUAGGUUGUCCAAUAUUCAUCUGAAUUUAUUCCGCUUUUACGAAAUAAAACACCUUGUUAUAGAAGUUGAAAUCUUCCCAAUCCGUGUAAAAAUAGAGGAACUUGCACUGACAGGGACAAUGACUUCCAAUGCGCAUGUUUGGCUGGGUAUGAAGGAGAUACUUGUCAAACAGGUAAGUAUAGGGUCUAUAAUAUGCAUACACCUGUUUGUCACUCCUUUUCUGACCACUUGUGCAUUAUUUAUGUAUAGAUGUAGAAGACCUCACGAAAGUCACUCUCAGGCAGUUUAAGGCCUGUGACACCCGCAGAUUCUCCAGUCUAGCAGUUAUAUGGCCGUAACUUUCGAAGUAACUAU